UUUAAUGAGAUCACGAGGUCUUUGUUGAAAGUGGAUAAAAGCCAAAAAAUUGGAAACGGAACCUUCGGGAACUGCUACAUCGCCCUAUACCGCAAUGAAUACCGCGUUGUUGUUAAAGAAAUGAAAAUAAUUGAAUCCCCAGAGAAGACAAGAGAGGAAGUGUGGCGAGAAGCAUCGGCAAUCACUGGAAUUGGAGACCACUGGGGAAUCCCUCUUGUGUUUGGUGUUUGCACGGAUCGGGCACCAUUUUAUCUGGUUCUACAGUUCCACACUUUACGUAGUGAAAGCGUAACACUUUUUAAGGCCGCUUCGGAAAAAGUUAUUCAAGAUGUUGUCAUGUGCGCAAAUAUCUUAAAGCAAACAUGCGAAAUACUAAUGUUCAUCCAUGAAAGAGGUUUCUUGCACAACGAGCUGAAGAGCAAUAAUGUUGUCAUUGACGGAUCGGAAAACAAGCCCGUAAUUAUCGAUUUUGGAAAAAGCUGCAAGAUUGUUAAAGCCAGGUUACGUAAACCCAAGGUGAACAUUGAGAAAUCGAUGAACAAAUUUCCGCACAUCGCACCGGAAAAACAUCGCGGUGAAAGGCAGUCCAUCGCUAGCGACGUGUUUUCGUUUGGCUAUCUGGUCACUCGUUUAUUUAAAGACGCUAAGGUAGAAACUCCACCAGUCCUGAAGGAAGUGGCUAAGAAAUGCCAGAGGUCAAUCUGA